GCCGGACUUUCGCUGCGUCGCGAUUGGCGGAGCCGCUUGCCCAUCAAAGCCGCGGGAGCAAGAAGGAGUGGGGUGGCGAUUGAGAGCGCGUCUCCUGCUUGGGGUCUCUGAGGGGAGUCUGGAGCCUCCAUUGGGCCUCCGCUUCCGUGGAGGAGGCUGAGGCUGAGGCGGGCGCUCUCUCCCUCCCUCCUUCCCUCAUGGAGACCUCAUCCUCUGCCGCCUCUGCCGCCUCGGGGCCCACGCCGGGCCCUUUCCCCCCGCUCUUCCCGCCGGGGCUGCACGGGAUCUACGGCGAGUGCCGGCGCCUCUACCCGGAGCAGCCCAACCCGCUGCAAGUCACCGCCAUCCUCAAGUACUGGUUGGGUGGACCAGAUCCUUUGGACUAUGUCAGUAUGUAUAGAAGUUUAGGGAGUCCAACCGAAAAUGUUCCUGAGCAUUGGCACUAUGUAAGCUUUGGAUUAAGCGAUCUAUAUGGUGACAACAGAGUGCACGAAUUCACUGGACCAGAUGGCCCAAGUGGCUUUGGAUUUGAACUGACAUUCCGACUUAAACGUGAAACUGGGGAAUCCGCACCACCAACUUGGCCGGCAGAGUUGAUGCAAGGCUUAGCCAGAUAUGUUUUCCAAUCAGAAAAUACAUUUUGUAGCGGUGAUCAUGUAUCAUGGCACAGUCCAUUGGACAACAGUGAGUCUAGGAUCCAGCAUAUGCUUCUGACUGAAGAUCCCCAAAUGCAGCCGGUUCAGACACCAUUUGGGGUUGUUACAUUUCUGCAGAUUGUUGGGGUCUGCACUGAGGAACUUCAUGCAGCGCAACAGUGGAAUGGGCAGGGCAUAUUAGAACUUCUGCGGACAGUUCCUGUAGCUGGGGGCCCAUGGUUAAUAACAGAUAUGCGACGUGGAGAGACAAUAUUUGAAAUAGACCCACAUCUGCAACAGGACAGAGUUGAUAAAGGGAUUGAGACAGACGGCUCAAACCUGAGUGGUGUCAGUGCUAAAUGUGCCUGGGAUGAUCUCAGCCGUCCACCAGAAGAUGAUGAAGACAGUAGAAGUAUCUGCAUUGGCUCACAUCCCCGGCGAUUGUCAGGGAAAGAUACAGAACAGAUCCGAGAAACUCUGCGAAGGGGGCUUGAGAUUAACAGCAAGCCUAUUCUGCCACCAAUUAAUACUCAGAGACAGAAUGGGCUGAACAAUGACAGAGCACCAAGUCGCAAAGAUAGUCUAGAAAGUGAAAGCUCUGCAGCAAUUAUUCCUCAUGAGCUGAUUCGCACAAGGCAGCUCGAGAGUGUGCAUCUAAAGUUUAAUCAGGAAUCAGGAGCAUUAAUUCCACUUUGUUUAAGAGGCAGAUUAUUACAUGGACGGCACUUUACAUACAAAAGUAUUACAGGGGACACAGCAAUCACUUUUGUAUCAACAGGAGUUGAAGGAGCCUUUGCUACGGAGGAGCAUCCCUAUGCGGCACAUGGACCCUGGUUACAAAUCCUGCUGACUGAAGAGUUUGUGGAAAGAAUGCUGGAAGACUUAGAAGACCUGAAUUCUCCAGAGGAGUUCAAACUCCCAAAGGAAUAUAGUUGGCCUGAAAAGAAACUGAAAGUCUCCAUCUUGCCUGAUGCUGUAUUUGACAACCCGCUCCAUUAAAGCCAACUGACACAGGCAAGCAGCAACUUAACUUUAUGCUGCCCAGUGACUCAUGGGAUAAUUUAGUACAGCGAAAGCUCUUCCUGGAAAUGAGAAACGUUGCUGCAUAACCACUGCAAGCCGAGGAGGAGUUACCUAACAGUAGUCCAGCCAGAACUGAACUCUUCUGGUACACCUGGCAUUCUCCUUUUGCAUCUUGGCUGAACUCUGAAUACCCUGCGAAUGAAUGAGUGUGAGAGUGAAACAAAGAGAGAAAAGUAUUUAACUAUGAAAAGUAGUUGUAAGAAUUCUUUCCCUAUUUUGACUAGCUCCAGAGCUCCCUGCAGCUUUAGCUCAGGGUUCAUGUGUCUUGUCUACCUUUGUUUGAAUCACAUAUUUUUCAGAUGUAAACACAUAUUCUGGUAACUAGAUGUGUUUUUGUAUCUUCAAAAUUCUUUUGGCUAUCUAAGCUUCUCUUUUAUUGUAACUCCCUUUUACUCUGGAAAGGCUAUGUCCUCCCUUGCUUGGCCGCACACAUUCACACAUCAUGAUCAUCUAUGAGAGACUGAAUUCAGGUGAAUCAUAGUCAACUGGUUGCAACCAUGUCCCAAAAAUCACGUGGCCUUACAGCCCAGAUAAUGCAAGUACCUUACAGCCCAGAUAAUGCAAGCCUAAAUAUGUGCUUACUACUUUGAUCAUAUUUGUGAAUAGUGUAAUCCCGAAACAGAAGUUCUUUGAAACUCAAGUGUGUGGUUAUUUACUUGGAAGAAGUGAAUCUUGUGGGUUCUACUAUCUAGACCAGUGGUUCCCAACCUUUGGUCCUCCAGGUGUUUUGGACUUCAGCUCCCACAAUUCCUAACAGCUGGUAAACUGGCUGGGAAUUCUGAGAGUUGAAGUUCAAAACAACUGAAGGUUGGGAACCACUGAUCAAGACAGUGUGGGUUAGAUUGCAAUUUUAAAUUUCUCUUUCACUGUUUUCUGGGGGCAAUAGACCAAAUCAGUGUUUCUCAAACCGUGCUCCUCCGGGUGUUUUGGUCUUCAGCUCCCAAAAAUCACAGCCAGCUUACCAACUGUUAGGAAUUGUGGGAGCUGAAGUCCAAAACAUCUGGAGGAGCACAGUUUGAGAACCACUGGACCAAACAAACCCAGGCUUCUUGUGAUAAGCUCAACAUAAAGAGCCUUUUGUUUGAUGUCUAGUAAAAGGGACAAAUAAAGAGGGUUAAUGAGAAUUAAAGGGUUUUCUCUUUGGACAUAAAAAACUACUGAAUGAGUUGGUAGUUUGUUUGAUUUAUUAGUUUUGAUAGAACCACCUUUUGAUCAAAAUUCCUGAAACUUCUUUGUGAUGGUUCUUGCAGACUUUUUGCUUGUUUCAGAUCGCAGAGAGCCCACUGUGAAGCAAUUCAUGAGCUGAGCUGAGAGAUGCAUGUUGUCCUGUCUUUCCAUAUUGCUGCUGAAGUAAUAUUUUGGCUUUUUAUUUAUGUCUUGAAUAUAUUCUAAUAGAUAUUGAAUUAGGCAGUUCUGGAAUGCCUUGGGAAUCAUGCAUUAUCUAGUCCUACAGAUGGAAGGUGAACAGUUGCAGCCUAAUUUUGUGACAGCUACACUAUGCUUCUUACAAAAUGUGACAAUAUGCUAUAGAGAGUUAGACUAACGUCUAAGGACAGGGAAGAAGUAACAUCUCCUUAGCUCACUAGAAACAAAGUAGAAAUCUUACACCUUGAAACUAACUUCUGGAUGACAAAUGCAUUUGUGUAACGAAAUACCUCUAUUCUCUCCCGAUCUAUUUCUUGACAAGGAAGAAGUUCUUCAGCUGACCUAUCAUUCUAAAUACUGGGUCCCUCUUGGUGUUAACUAAAGUUUUAUUUUCUGAAAAAAAUAUAAAAGGUGAGAGGAGCCAUAAAGAAGAAAAUAUUUUCCAACACUGGUCUUCCAAAGCCAUAAUCCUGACCCAAGAUGGCAGCUUUUCUUACCGUUUUUUAAAUAGGAAAGCUAAUUCCAGACUCCACGUGUUCUGUUAUCCUCAUGUGGAACUUAAAGUCCGGCGCAGAAUCUUGUUAAUCAAAAUAAAUGCAUUCUAUGCAGCUUCUAUGUAACUGACAUACAUUCCCUUUAAAUGAGUAGAUAUGUGAUGAUGAUUUAAGUACAGAGAAUGGAUACUGUGGGGAGCAUGAUGGGGAGCCAGUGUGUGAUGUUAGCAACCUAUAGAAUCUGUGUGGUCCAAACCCAUUUUUUACCCUUGGGAUACCCACAAAGUACCUGGAAGAUCCCCCCCCCCCCCCCCCCCCCAAAAAAAAAUCACUCAAAAUUUCCCAAACCACUACAAAUAUGCAUCCAACUGAAGCAGGUUGUAUUUUUUACCAAACAAAAAUUGUACAAAACUAAAACUAACACAAAACAGGAAGUGACUUGACUUCCAGUUUUACUUUAGCCUUAUGUUCAGGGUCAGACUGUCCCAUCAGGGGUACAGGUGUGAAAGUUGAUCCCUAGCUCCAAGAAGGGUUUUUUGCAUUGUCAUAUUGCAGGAGUCUUCACAAUUCACGUAGUAAUUUGAGGGUAACACAGAAUUCUAGUUUGUCUUCUGUAUAUGGAUCACAAAGAAAAAAAGGCUUUACAUUCUAGAAUAGUUGUGUCAGUUACGCUUUUUGUACUGUGAAGAACACAGUCCAGGUUUGUGUGCUGACAAAGCACAAACAGUUCAGUACACUGUAUGGAAAUCCAGAUGGGGUCCUUCUUUAUAAGAGAAACAUUUUAGAAUUCACUUGGUGUAUUGUUAUUCAAAUGUUGCUGCCAGAUAUGUUCACAAUGAUAUCCUAGCUUUCCAGCAGCAGCUGAAAUGGUAUAUCUGUUUAUUUACUGUUGUUCUACAGAUUGUAAUGACAUCAUAAUUAAUUUGCAUAGAUGGCUGCCCUAUCAGAAAGUAGAUGAAGUUAGAGCCUUUUAUCCCUGGAGUUUAAAAUAGAUAUAGGACUUAUUUCAUAAGAAUGUGAGAGCUCUAUGCUAGAGCAGGUCAAAGGAAUUUCAAAUCUAGCAUCCUGUUCCCACAGUGGCAAAGUAGAUGCCUCUGGGAAGCCCACAAGGGCAGUAGUACAUUCCCACUAAUAUUUUCCAAAAACUGGUGUUCAGGCGGCAUAGAGUAUUAGAAAUAAUGUCAUCAGACUGUUACAGUUCGUCAUGUAAGCCCUUAGGUAGAAUUUCUAGAGACUGAGUUAUCCAGUGCAGUAUUAUUUCCUAGAACAGUACUAGUCCCUGAGCCAUUGCCUGCUGGAUCCUGGCAUGUUUACAGGACAGAAAGAAACAAUUAUACCCAGUGGACACAAUUUAGUGUUGGUCUGUGGCACGUUGGAAAAUAAUAAUUGUCAAUUCCAUGCCCAUAUUAGAUAGCCUGAGAAGCACUGGUCUAGUGCAUCUGAAGCAUUAAAGAAAGUAGGAUGGGAUCCUAGCUGUAACUUUAAGAUUGACUGAUCUAUUUUAGCAUAAGCUUUGCUUUAUAUUUAUGUGGAUAUGUUUUAUGGAUACUUUAGAUAAAUUGGUCUUAAAUAUGCUGCUAAGUUCCCUCCUCCUUUUUUCUCUCUUUCAUUUUUAUGCUCUGACAGACUAACAUGACUUUAAAAAAAUAAGGGUAUCUAAAGUUCAUCUUAGAAAUUUUGCAGUUCAUGAUACAAAAUGCUAACCUGGAAUUUCAAAACCCUGUGGGUUCAGAAAGGAUCUGUGAAUUAGAAUCAGUGUUUUGUCCUGCAUGCACAUUCCUUUGGAGGGGAAACAUGUCCUCCAGCCUCUAUUUAUUUAAAGUUAAAAUGAGUUGUCUCAUAUGACUUGAGAAACCAUUCAGCAUUCAUAUCUGCUUGGAACUGUCCACAAAUUAUUGCCUAGAUGUAUAUUUGUUUAAUCAGUAACAGUUUGUGGCAGUUACUGCUGAAAAUUCUUGUCGGCUCUCUAGAGGACUUAAUGGAAUUGGGCUUAGUCUCUCAACUUUUUACUGGAGACAAAUACAUUUCAUGGGCCAGUCGUGCUGACCAUUUGCCUCACCGCGGCAAGAUGAGACAGGAAGGAUUCACCUUGCACUUUUGUUCUCUCCUUGUUACUCAGUGAAAUGGUAGUUUGCAGAGAAUUGGAGCUUUGGCUGCUUUUCAGUUGGUUUGCACCUGCUGUUUAAUCCCUCAAGCACCUGGAGUUGUAAACACCAGUUCUGGGUUGCUGCAACAAUUAUUAACUUUCAGUGCAGCUGUUCUGCCAGCCAUUUGCCGGAAUAGUGCUCGCCUAGCCAUUAGACCAAAUGUAACAAAAGGACCAUUCUGAAGGCUUCCGACCUAAACGUGAAGGCAAGAUACAGGAAGCAGUAGACUUUUCAAGUGGAAGGCUUGCUAUAGGUGAGAGAAUAGGGAUUUCAUUGUUCUUCAAGCAUCUGGCCCAACCUAAUGUUAUACUCAGGAAUUGCACCCCAUGAACAUUGUAUGGAUUUUUAUAAUAGAACAAACUUUAGUAUAACCCCCUUGUGUUUCUCUUAUCCGAUCAUGGUGCUAACAUUCAUAGAGUCUAAGCAAAAAUGGGAACCACUCUGGUCUUCAAAGUCUGGUUUAUCAAGUUGCUGCCACACUAAUGUUUCAAAGAUUAAAUGAGGAGUGGUGGUGAGAAAAAAUAUUAUUUCUUAGUUUGAAGCAAAAGGAGAAUUGCAGAGUCAUGAUUAGCUGGAUAUUGGUGACAGUCUCAAAACAUCCUUUCCAUUCCAUAGUUUUUCAGCUUUGAAAUGAACAACCAUAUUACUUUGAAGAGUAAUAAAAUCAUGUAAAUCUUGCAUUAUUUAAAUGUCUAGUGCUACAUUAAGCAGCACUCUAAACAUAAUCCUUGUCUCCAAUAGGGGACAACCCAACAGAAACAGUGAAAGGGGAAAUUAGGAGGAAGUUAGCAUUUAUGUUCAAGGAAUGUUUAUGCUUCUGAUGAAAAGGUGGAGGAUAGACUGACUUAGUCUAAGGAGGGCAAAAAUGUGGUGGCCUUUGAUUUUAUGCAUCUCUCUGUACACCUUUUAUGCAUCUCUCUGUACACAUCGAGCUGGACUUUGCCUCUGGAUUGGAUCGUGAAUAGUAUUUCUGUAUCUAAUCCUUUGCAGAUCAUAGAGCAGAAUGUGGUCUCAUGAAGCUCUGUCAUCUCUCACCUUUCAGAUCUCAUGUUCAGCUGCAGCAGUAAAAGGUGUGCAGAGGAGCACCCAGUUCUGUUUUUGUUGCAGCCCCUCCACACCCUUUCUCUGUCUCUAGCAGCACAAAACUGAGGAAUGACAAUCACUGUUGAAUGUUGGGGUUGGAAGUAGAGGGAGGAUAAAUACCUAAGCUUCAUUUGACAGAACUUCACAGUACCUUGUCCUGCUCAAAUAUGUGUUAAAGCUUAAAGUUACAGGAACUGCAUCAAGCAUCUGGUCUGGCAACCCUAGCCUUUUCAUCAAGACAAGAUAGAUAGUGGUUAGAGAUGUUGUAUAUGCACUAUAAGCCUCUGAAGCAUGAUUUGCAUUGCUAAACUGGAAGUCCCCUUUCACACUGCCCUAUAUCCCAGGAUUUGAUCCCUGAUAAACUGCUUUAAACUGGAUUAUAUGAGUCCCUGCUGCCAGAUAACCUAGGAUAAACAGAUAACCUGGGAUCAGAUCCUGGAAUAUAAGGACAGUGUGGAAGGAGCCUAAGUUACUUAUAUGGCAAAUGAGAGCCUCACUUUGACAUCUGCAAGGGUGCCAAUAGAGUUCAGUUGCUCUGUAAUUCUUAUCCCAGAUAACUCAGCUUUCCCAGCAGCAGGGGAAAAGCCAUGAACUGCUUUGUAGGGGAAUCAUUUACACAUGAUCUAUAUACAUAAAAGCAAAAGAAGAUUUAGGUAAAUGUAUUUGCAGAAAGUUUUAGUGACUUAAGGCAAAAUAUGUGUUCAUGUUUAAUGUUUCUCCCUGACAUUACCACCAUGGUUAUUUAUAGGGAAAGGAAGAAUGCUUCAUAUUUUAGCAAAAUUGUGUUACUAGGAGGUUUCCUUUCCCAUCUCUGUUCUGUCUUUUUCAAACCCUUCUUUGUUGGCCAUUCAAAAUGCCAGAAAGAAAAUGAGCCUGUAGCUGAUGUAAGUUUUAAAAGGAUCCGUAGGCUGACCUACCUCUCAGGCAAUUAACCUAUGGGCAUUAGGCACUUUGCUGCUUUUUCAUUUAAUAUACAGUUCUUUUUUUUUUUACCCUUCUCAAAUAGCUUACAGACCAUAAAGUCAUAGUAAGUGGUACAUUAGCUUUGUAGUAUCAUUCCAAGGCUGUCAUAAAGGUGUGCCUUUCCUUCUUUAAGCCAGUCAGCUAAUAAGGUGUUUGAGUUCGUAUUUGGGGGGGGGGAGGGUGCUCUCUCCAUCUACCUGCUUUUAGAGUCACACUGCUGAAAUGUGAACUCUUCCAGAGCAGAAUGACACAGUGAAUGCUAGUGUGGGUAAAUGCCUUAAAAACUCAUCAAAUGCAUUUUAAUUUCUGAAAGCUAAUUUGUUUAAAAGCUCAAACAGGAAUUUUCUUGCCAGCUGACUGGCUUUACAAACACUUCUCUCUUUUUCUCUCUCUCUGCUCCCCUUCCCCCUCGGCCUGAUUCUUCCCUUCCUUUUUUCCAAGUGAGGAUGAAAAUCAACAUGUCUACUGUUGUUUUCUUCCCUGGGGUCCUAAUGGCAAAGGUCUGCAUUCAUCACAGGGCUUCUGCAUAAUGGAGGGAGGGGAUACCAAUCUUGUGUGAGCCCUGUUCAUGGUGUAUUUUAUAACAGAGCAAGCUCUGCAGUAUGCAGAGAUGGCCACAGCUCAGUCCUGGUUAAUAUUCUGGAGAAACACAGGAGUGUCACAAGGCCGAUUGGCUCAGGUUUAAGCUGAAUAUCCUUUUCACCAGUUCCCUUUCACUAGUUUCCCUUUCAAUGAUACUGAACAGAAUCUCAAUUCUGAAUAAAAACCUACCUUAGGGAAAGCGAAACCUAUUAAAGUGAUAAAACCAAGGAGUUAAUUCAAAAGAUCCUGUGAUCUGAUUGCUGAUGAAUGACAGUCUGAGACUUGGCUGUUCUGGAAUCACAAUUUACUUUUUAAUAGUUUUAGAAUGUCAUUGUGGAAAGGGUGGGAGGACACCUAAAAGCCAAGAGCUUCACGACUUUUCUUCUUUUCAUAGGAGUUUUCCGUUUACUGGGUCCUUGGCGGAGAGUUUAAGAGUGCAGCAUUGAUGUUCAGUUCUAGUAGGUCUGAAUGUCACUGCCUCUAAAAAAGUCAAAUUAGGUCUUUAAAGGAAUAAAUGGAAAUUAUGUCACACUACAAAUGGAAGAGGGAUCACUUUUCUAACUGAAACUGUUUAAUCUCCAACCAAACAAGAGUUCACUAUUAAAGGAAAGGGGUCAGUUUGCUUCCUUUUUUUUCAAGGGGUUGAAUGCUUGUGAAUUAUUUCUAUAUUUUGGAUGGUUUUAGUGAUAGAAAAUGUUGAAUAUGUUUGUUUUUGCUGUGGAGGGCCCUGAUCUGGACCUGUUCGGUUUUUUAAAUAAUGACUGCUGAUGCUUCUUUGAUAAGCUUCAGCCGAGAUGAACCUUUUUGUAGUUCAUCUGUGUGUGAGUAUGCGUGUGUUUCUACAAAAAUGGUAAGGACACUGCAGAAGGUGUCUCAAAAUGGUUUGCCGUUCCUGCAUUGAGAUUUUCAGUACUUUGUAGUAUAUCCUUUUUCUACCAAAAGAACAAUGGAAACCUAAACUAGCAGAGGUUUUUAAAAUAUUUUAUAUUAGUUUCUAGUGUAUAUUCUUACAUUAUUACAGUGCUGGUGUGCUUACCUGCACAAAACUACGUUUUGUAAUAUUUUUGUGAAUCACAAAGCUUUGUUUCCCUCCUGUGUAUUCAAAGUGCAUUAAACUUGUUUGCAUA